GUUUCAAUUGAUUUGCGAGGAGAUUUCAUUCAAUUUCAUUUCGUUGGAGAUCACUGAAGAGUGCGGAGGUUUAACCGUUACAGUUCAAUCAAUUGGGAAUUAAUUCGACAAAUUCGUGGCAAUAAAUACAUUUUAAAGUGUGAGUGUGGUUAUUUAAUUGAAAUAAAAUUGAAAUUACAGUGAAAUAAGAAUUGGAGAUGAUUAAAUAAAAUCCGGAUAUUCAUUACGUGAUUAGAAUGAAAUGUUCUGCGUCUUCUGCAUAGAAAUCUCAACAGUUGAAAAAGACGGAAUAAUUCACUGAUAUUGAGGAUUCUAUAUGAACCAGUUCCAAUGGGUACGUCAAUUUAUCCCGAUUAUGCUACAAUUUUUGCAGCAGUUUGUGCCAGUAUCUUCACCGUUGUGGGAGUUCUUGGCAAUGCCAUCACAAUAAUUGCUCUUCUUAAAUGCCCAAAACUCAGAAGUCAUGCAACUACAGCUUUUGUCCUGUCGCUCUGUAUCUCAGAUCUUCUCCUGUGCUCCAUGAGCCUUCCUCUUCAAGCCAUCCGCUACACAUGGCAAAAAUGGACACUCGGAGAAGCUCUUUGCCACGUUUUUCCGGUAAUCCUCUACGGAAAUGUGGCAGUUUCUCUCCUGAGCAUGGUUGGCAUCACCAUGAACAGGUACAUCUUAAUAGCCUACAAUUCGAUGUAUUCCUCAAUCUAUCGGCCACUGUACAUUUGGAUGCAGCUGUUAUUCGUGUGGUUGGUGGCUUUUUCAUUGCUAAUUCCGCCCCUUUUGGGCGUUUGGGGCAAAAUGGGAUUAGAUGAGAUGACAUUCUCCUGUACCAUUCUCCCAGAUGAAGCAGGACAUUCCCCAAAGAAGGUUUUUUUCCUUGUGGGCUUUCUUAUACCCUGUAUCGUCAUCAUCAUCUCGUACACCUGCAUUUACUGGACAGUUCGACGACAGAGGAUGCGUCUGAGGAGCCAUAGUGGUGUUCCAGUGGGAGGACCAAAUGGCCAUAGAGAAAGAGAGGAUUCUCGACUAACUACCAUGAUGCUGACUAUAUUUUGCUGUUUCUUGCUCUGCUUCCUACCACUGAUGCUGGUGAAUGUUUUUGACAAUGAAGUGAACUAUCCGGUGGCUCAUGUUCUAGCAUCUAUUAUGUGCUGGGCUUCUGGUGUCAUAAACCCUUUCAUUUACGCUGCCAGCAAUCGAAACUAUCGGGUUGCCUACACUAAAUUAUUCAGAAGACUGAUCUUCUGGAGUGACUACGUGAGUCCAAUGCCCAGCAAAAGUAUGGCACCCAGUAGAAUCUCAAAGGAUCCAUCAGUUCAAAUUCAGAAGGAUGUGAGCAAGGAAGCAAAAGAUGGAGAUAACACUUGUGCAAUUGAUAUCGAAAAUAAGAGCAAAGAUACGGUAAUUCAAUUAUAAACCAAAUGAACUCAAAAUUAGAGGUAAAUUUGAAAUAUAUUCGUAAUUUGACUGAAAUAUAGAUAUAAAUGUUAAUAUUAGCCAAAUACUUUAGCCUAAAACAACACUGGAGCUACCAAAGUAUUAUUUAUGAAUACCAUUCCUUUGAAUUUUCACUGAAUUCCUCCCUAAAGCUAAAAUAAGACAAAACUCUUGAAAUUAUAAUUUCUAUAUUGAAUUCUCUUCCAAUUAAUAUUACGAGAAAAUGUAUAAAAAUAUCGAAUUAUGAAAUAAGAAUUGUGUGCCUAUUUACUAAAAGAUAUUAAUAUUAAUAUUUACUGUAAGAUAUAGUCGCAAAAAUAUGAA